AUGCUAGUCCUUCUCUCUCCCUCUCUCUCUCUCUCUCUCUCUCUCUCUCUCAAUAUUUUCUUUUUUUCUUUUUCUAGUUUCUGUGUUGAUGAUAUUCGAGAUUCUUUUGUAGCCACAGAAAUUAUUUCUUUUGUCUUUGUUUUUCUUCUUUUUUUUUCCUCUUAUAUUUUUUUAAAAUUCUUAUUAUCUUCCCUAUUUAACAUUUUCUUACUUCCUCUUCUUUCUUUGUCUCACCCUCUCUCUGUAACUUUUCUACUUUUCGCUCUCUCUUUCCUUUCUCUCUUUUUCUUUUCUCUCUCUCCCUUUCCUUUCUCUCUCUCUCUCUCUCACUUUCCUUUCUCUCUCUCACUUUCUUUUUUCUCUCUAUUUCCUUUCUCACUUUCUUUCCUUUUCCUCUCUCCCUCUUUCAUUUUUCUCUCUGAAUUUCCUACUUUUACUCUCCCUCUUUUCUUUCUCUCCUACUUUUUCAUUCAUCAAUACAUUUUUAACUUAGUUAAUCCCUUUUUUCUCAUCUUUCUUCUUUCCGUUUUUUCUUUCUUUCUUUCUUUCUUUCUUUCUUUCUUUCUUUCCGUCUUUUACUUUCCCCCAAAAUAUGAAUACCUUUUUUUUAUCAAUGUCUCUCUCAUUAGUUUUCUUCUUUCAUUCCUUUGUUUUCUAUUCUUUCCUUCCGUCUAUAUUCUAUUUCUAUUAAUUUCUUUAUUUUCCUCCAAAUCCUUUUUCUUUUCUCAUCUCACCCCAUUUUCUUAUCACAAAAGCCGCCAUAAACACUGA